AUGCCCGGUCGACUAGAAGGUAAAGUCGCCAUCAUCACAGGCUCCGGCUCCGGCUUCGGUCACGGAAUCGCAAAGAAGUUCGUCGAGGAGGGCGCCAAAGUCAUCAUCGCAGAGAUAUCCAAAGAAAAUGGCGAAAAGGUAGCAGCAGAGCUCAACAGCAAGUUCGUCCACGCAGACGUAACGAGCCGAGAAUCAUGGCAAACAUUACUCCAGACAACCCUGGACACAUAUGGCCAGCUGGACAUCGUAGUCAACAAUGCCGGGGCAACCUAUUCCAAUAAGCCCACAGGCCAGGUCACAGACGCCGACUUUGACCUGUGCAUGAGCGUCAAUGUGAAAUCGAUCUACCUCUCGGCGAACGUCAUCGUACCGUACUUCGAGCAGAAUAACCGUCCCGGAUGCUUUGUCCAGAUUUCUUCUACUGCUGCGCUCCGGCCGCGCCCAGGCUUAACUUGGUACAAUGCUUCCAAGGCGGCUGUUAGCACUGCUACCAAGGCGAUGGCUGUUGAGUAUGGACCGAAGAAGAUCCGAUUCAACUGCGUUUGUCCCGUUGUUGGUAGUACCGGGCUGACGCACUUGUUUCUUGGAAAACCAGAUACAGAGGAAAACCGGGCGGCAUUUGUAUCUACCGUCCCAUUAGGGCGUCCUAGUACCCCGGCGGAUGUUGCCAAUGCGUGUAGCUUCCUUGCUAGUGACGAGGCGGAGUUUAUCACCGGUGUGAACCUAGAGGUCGACGGCGGUCGCUGUGUCUAG